UUGAAAUGAGUGGUAAAUUACAAGCUUCUGCUAGUUCACAUGAAAUUGCAGUUUCUAGUUCAUCAAAGGCCAGUGCUAUUUCUAAUCCUAAAGCUAACAAUAAAUGCUUUGAAUUGUUCUUAAGUUGCUUUAGAAUUAAUUCCAAAAAGGAGUCCUUAGAAGACAUUGUAAAUAGUAAUGCCAAAGAAUAUGAUUAUAUUGUUGAGAAACUUAUAGUAAAACGCGUACCUUUCAUUUUCUUUUCUAUGUCAGAGAACGCUUUAAAGAACAAAAUUAAUCCUGAAAGUAAAAGUAAUUCUAUUAAAGAUGGCCUGCAAUUGCAAACAAGAUCAAAUAGUACACAUUCAGCUGUGUCAGAAACCCAAUCGUUAUUAUAUUAUUCUAAUAGAUUUGAUCCAAAUAUGAUAUCCUUACAAACUUCUAAUAAAUGUUUAUACUUUGAUAAAAAUACAUUUACGUUGAAUGAGAGAAAUAAAAAACAUACAUUAUCCAAUGAUUACCAUACUAGAAUAACUGAAUUGAUGAAUACUAUGAGUAGUUUACAUCCAGAUUUGAAAGAACAUGAAAGACCACCAAAAGAUUGUUGUCCUUUAAAUAUGCCAAAAAACAAAAGUGUUAUGUCUGCAAAAAUGUCUCUUAAGGGAUUAAGAAAUAACAUACCUCAGGAGCAAGAGAUAUUUAAAUCACAAUCUUUUAUUCAAGAAGCAUUUCUAAAGAAAAAAGAGUUUAGGAAUGUAGAUGAAAUUAAAUCAAAAAAUGAUCAAAAAAUUUAUAGUUUGAAUCAAAUGGAAUAUAUAAAUUUGGAUAAUCUUCAAGCUAAUUCUUCUAAAAUUAAAAAGUCUAGUAUCCAAUCUGUUCAUAAAGUUUCUUGUAACUCAGCAAAUUUUGUGCAACCAAUUAUUGAUAUGAAUCAAAUGAAUAUAGAAAACAAAACAAAUAAUAGACGAUUGCAAUAUAAUCACCAAUCUUCGAUAAAGCAAUCUAAAACAUUAUCUGAGAACAUUGUAAACACUGAUCCUUCAAGUACAGUAUUAAGGUGGAAUAUCAUUAUAAAGCAUUGUAAAUCAAAAACAUAUUCUUCCAAAAAAAUGAGAAAAUAUUUCAAUAUAAGCUAGCAGAUUCAAAUAUGUGUACAAUAAAAUCAAAAUUAAUUUUUUGGUGUGAUCAAACAAUAAAUCCAGCAACAUUUUUAAUUUUUUAUGUAUAUUAUAUAAUGAAAAUUGAUGUUUUCUUUAAAACAAUAUCAAAAAUAUAAUAAAUUAAAAUCUGAUAAAAAUAAAUAUUUUCUAAUAAAUAUCUUUAAAAACUAUACAUUGUUUUUAAGUUUUAUAUGAAUUUAAUGCUUUCUUUUUAGUUUUAAUAAAUUUCAUAUUUAAGUUGCAUGAUUCAUUUUAAAUUACAUUACUACAAUUACAAAACUAUGUCAUUAAUUAUCAUAUAUGUAAGUUUAAAGCAAUUUUCAAUGCUGCCAUAAAGUAUGUAUUAAUCAGUAUGCAGUGUAUGUGCAUGUGCGCGUGCGUGUGUGUGGAUGUGUAUAAAAAACACAUAAAUAGUUACUCCAAAUAUGUUUAAUUUUUCAAAAUAGUAGGAUAUUUAAUCCAAAUUUUUAGAUUUAUAAAUCGAUAUAAACUUCAUAGAUAAAUAAAUUUAUAGAACAACUAAAGAUUUGGAAAGUAAAAUAAGAUAAAUAUAAAAGUUCAUAAUUGUUUAUUGUAA